CGACCGUAUCUAGUAAGCCACGCCUACGUGGUGGGACCGACAGCCCAUACCACGCCCCUCCGGGCGAUAAGCCACGCCCCGCGGCGGAAGUCUCGCGAGAUCUACGGGGCGGCGGCGGCGGCGGGAUGUGCGGGGGCUGCGUGAGCACCGAGUACCCGGAGCGGGGCACCACCUGCCUGGAGGGCGGCUCCUUCCUCCUCAACUUCGUGGGAUGCGCCGAGUGCGGCCGCCGGGACUUCGUGCUGCUGGAUAACCGCGCCGCCGACCUGCAGGGCGGGGACGAGAUCGUCACCUACGACCACCUGUGCAAGAACUGCCACCACCUGAUCGCGCACCAUGAGUACACCUUCAGUGUGGUGGAUGACUACCAGGAGUACACCAUGCUGUGCCUGCUCUGCGGCCGGGCUGAGGACUCCAUCAGCAUCCUUCCCGAUGACCCCCGCCAGAUGACCCCACUCUUCUGAAGCCGCCUGGAUGUGGCAGAUGCCCGACACUGGAUGCUCCCACGCGCCCGGCAGCGGCUCAGCCGUACCCACUGCCUUGCGGCUCCGACCAUGGCUGUAGGGUUGGGGUGAAGCACCACGGCCUGAGCUCCCUUUAUGCUGAGGACAUGAAGGGGGUCCAGCAUGUUGUCACCCACAAAAGGGGUGCAAAAGGGUGCCCACCCCAUCCUGCCUUCAGAGCCCGUGUCUGUGGGCGCAAUAAACGCGAUGUGUUACA